CCUUUGGGCUUGACGUCCCAAAUUCCACAAAAAAUAGAAGGUCCGCUGUAGAUCAGAAACUUUACAGUCCAGUGGCAUCGUCACCAGCACAGACGAUACCAUAUCAACAGACCGACCUGCUGAAGGCUGACCGUUACAAACUGUUCUAGUCCAGACUGCUAUUUCAGGUCAACAGAGCCAGCCAAUUGGCAAUCUACCCGUCUCAUCAUGGCAACAAUGGAGCCGGUGGCCAACCGGCGGAGAUCAGCCGACUCAUUGGACGAGUGGGCCAGCGAGGUUUGGGGGACAGAGGAGGGUGAAAUGGACCCCACUCUGGCCCAGGACACUACCCCUCCUCCUCAUCCGCUGGUCAAACAGGCACCCAGAGUAGAGUCAGAAGACCUGGGGUCGGAAUCUCCAGAUGCUCCAGAGCCUAGACCUCAAGUGUCUCCAUCAAGUGAGAACCUUACAGACUCAACAAACAAAAUGGCAGAAGUGGUUCCUAAAAUGGAGCAGAUGGCACUUUCUGGGGUAAAUCAGGUGCCUGGUAAUAGAAACCAGGAGGGUGAUGCUGUUGCUUUUCUAUCGCCUCUUCACUGCACUGACCAAGCCUCACCUGCAGAGGGCGCUCCAGAGACAGAGACCCAGCAAUAUCCAUUGGAGGAGGAGGAAGAAGAAGAAAAGAAGACCAUUGACUGUAUCAGUGAUGGUAAGGUGGAGAUGAUCUCUGACCCUGUAGAGGAGGAAAUGUCGUCAUCUGACAGCCAGGGUAGCCAGGAGUGGCCCCCGAGAUCUCACCUUGAUGACAUUGUGGAGGAAGACAAAGAGGAAGAUGGUGCCAAGGAAGACAAAGUAGAGGAAUCUCAGUCUGCUGAGAUGAUGGAAAAUGGCGCUGUGCAGUUGGAGUUGAACACAGAGUGUCCAACUAGUAAUAAACUUGAUCAGGGGCUGUCAGAGACCGUGUGUGCUACAGAACAGGCUUCUGUAGAAGGAGGUCCUGUUGAAACUAGCAGAAGUACCCCAUCAGUGGAGGUAGCUGACAAGCAAGAGGCUAGUGAGGCCCGAAUCAGUAGUAACAGAGAGAAGACAAUGUCAGACAAUAUCGACCAUGAUACUAUGAAGGCUACUGAAACUAGCGCUACCACCCACUCUCCUCUAAAAAGAGAGAGUUCCGAUGACAUAUUCUCUAAUGAGUCCCCAGAAGACCUUGAAUCAGCUAUUGCCCGUGAUGGAAAAAAGAACCAGAGUGUUGACUCCAAGCCUUUAGACAUCAGCUCAGCCCGGAGGCAGUGGGUUAGGCUGGACAGUACCAGCAGCAAACCCCCCCAGCCUGAGCAAUCCACAUCCUCUAGAUCGUCCUCUUGUAGCCUCCUAGUAGACCUGGCCCAGCCCCAGGGUGUAGUUACACCAGAUAAACAGCAGGGAGAGCAGUUGUUACAAAAUGUCACUGCUGCCCUGACGCAUCAUAGUAACCAGGAAGUGGCAGCACAACAGGUGUUCAAGGGAGCAACUCCGGCUCCGCCCCUGGCGACGGUCACCAAGGAGCCAGCUAAUCAGGUCAAGGCAGGUCUCCUUGGCUCUGGCUGUGUUGUAGUGAAAGAGCAGGCGGGUGGAGAGAGGGAGGAGGGAAAGAGGGAGGGAGACAACAGGCAAACCGGUGGAGAGAGAGGGCAGAGAGCGAGUGGACUUGGCGCAGCGGGCGAGGCAGACAGGAAGAGAAAAGAGAAAGAAAAGCAAGGUGCAGAGCAGGGUUCAGAGAGAGUACAAAAAGAGAAACGGAGAGAAGAAGAGAGGACAAACCCUGGGUUGUUGAAGUCGAGAGACAGUCACAGGAAAGCUUCCAAGAUGAAGUUGGGAGGAGACUUGUUCGAUGACAGCCAGAGUGACAGCGGUGUAUCUGCCGACUUCUCCCCUGGUAGUACCGUGGAACUCCAAACCACCCCCGACAGCCCCCCCACCCUCACCUCGCCUCCGGCCGACGAGACCCCCAUCGAGAGAGAGAUCCGUCGGGCAGUGCAGCGUGAACAGUCCCUCAGGAGAUCCAGGGGCCUCCACAACAAGCCACCCACCCAGGAAUAUGUGGACAUCCCCCUAAGGAAGUCAAUCUUGACCCAGACCCUGCCUUCCAAAUCGGACAAGAGCCAGGGGGGGAAGGACCGUCAGUUUGCGGGGAAGAAGAUGCAGAAGGAGAUCAGUGUAGAGACCCAGAGGGAACAGGUCCUGGUUCAACAAGGGAAAGUUAGAGGUUCCUAUGACAAGGGGACAGUACGCCAGCUCAAGGAAAGGAAGAAGUUAUUCGAAGCUUUCCAGGAGCCCAUGGAGACGUCCUCGAUGAUGUUGUCCCAGAGCAAGGCAUCUUCCUGGGUGUCGGCGUGUGACCUCUCCACCCUGGAGAUCCAGGGGGACGAUGCUUUGUCUGUGUCCGUUGUCGGAGGCUCAUUUGGGGAGAGAAGACACAGCCUGGAGCUGAUGUCCCAGACCCAGAACCAGAGCCCCUCUGGAACACCCAGAGGCAUCACCUACAUCCCUCAUGGGGCCCCUGUCCCUCGGGGCCCCACUCUUUCCGAGAGCAGCGGGGGCCAGAUCAUCAUCCUGGAAAACCACCACCACCUGGUUCUCCCCGCCCCGGCCCACCUCCACCAUGCCUCCAAGCCCCUCAGGCACUCCCACAGCACUGGCACGCUCACCGAGACCCAGGGCCUCACCGUGGUCGACUCUGCUUCUAUAUACUCCUCAACCAGUGCACUCAGCGGAGAGGAGAGAAGGGUUUUUUGGAGGGAUGAGGAUGGAGGGAGGAUGGAGCAGGAGGAGGAAGAGGAGGAGGAAGAGGAGCUUCCCAAGGAGAACCCCUUCUUCAAGCUGCGCUCCUCAUCGGUGUCUCAGGACAAGGUGGAGCAGGAUAUCCGGGAAGCCAGGGAAAGAGAGAAGGAGCUGCGGAGGCAGAGGAGCAGUCUGUAUGGGGGAGGAGGAGGGGGGAGGCCUGCCAGUAGAGAGGUACAGAGUCACACCUCUCCUCCUCCACCUCUAUUACUACAGAAUGGACUGGCGACCCCUGAACUAUCUGUGACCCCCUCAUUGCGGACAGCCUCAGCAACACCAACAGCACGACAGUCUCUUGGGAAGCUGGGCAUGUGGCCUCCACCCCAGACAGAUGAGUGUCCGGAUAGCCAGUCAGAGGGCCUCCAGAGCCCGCGGACCCCCAGACAGAAGACUCCUCUCCUGCAGCGCUGGGAGACCGGCCAGAUCAUGAACGGCCAUGGGGAGGAGGAGGACUAAGACAGGCCUUGGGUCAGUUUGUCCUUUUAGAUCAUAAUUAAUAAGAUUACAUAGACGGGGGAACCUGAUCCUAGAUCAGUACUCCUACUCUGAGACGGUUUAUGAAUACGGGCCCUGAUCUACUGCUGAAAGCCCAGGGGAUGGAUGGGAAGAAACCAGAUCAUUGGAAUGAAGAAUUAGAAACAGACAACCAGGGAAGUAGAACAUCUGAAAAUGCAGUGGAGAAACAGAGGUUUUGGUGGUUGGAACUCUGGACGGUUGGAGUAUGGAACCAUUUGAAUGUCAAAUCAGAACUUUGGAACUGAACUGUAAAUUGGAGCUUUGGAAUGUAGUGGGAGAGAUUGGAACCAAUGGAUGCUCAUUGGAAGAUGUUUUUACCAGAAGAGACUGGCUGAUUCUCUACAGUAUGAUUUUUGUGAGGUUUGAAGGAAGGAGGCUGAAGUUGAAGGAGGUUGAAAUGGGUUAAGUUGUAUUGUUUCUUGAGCCCAUGUCCCAGCACGGAUUUAUAUGUAAAUGUAUAUAAUGCACAUUUUGUGACAAAUCUAUUUUGGGAGAGUAUUUCCUUCCCCGUAGUUUCUAUUUACUAUAGAUAAGCCGUUUCUACAGUAUGUAAGUUGACAUUAUGAUAUAAUUAUGUGUAUUUAAUAAGUGAUUAACAAAUGUAAUCUACAUUGUCAGCUACUACAAAUCAAGUCAGUCAAUAUAGUAAAUACAACGAAAUCUAAUAUAUGAUACCAUUCUAACAUAAUCAUUCCACAGAGAUGUACAGUGUUUUUAUGCAAUAUUAUUUUUGAUGAUUUUUGGCACAUACAGUAUCUCUCUGAUUUCCAUAAAUUAGUCAAGAUGAACAAAUACAUACAUAUAAACCCAGUGUCUUUCUGCUUUCAUGUUUGUGUCUGAUUGCUACUAAAACACACCUUCAAGGAAGAAUGAUUAGGUAGACAGUAGUAGUGACUUGAGGAGCUGUUGUAUCUGCAGGGUGGAUCACCCAUUGUCAGAGGAUAACUGGUGAGCCUUGCCCAGUUUAUACAGCCUUAGGGCUGGGCUGACACUGGCAUAGGGCGUCCACAUGUAAUACACUCAAUCAAUGAAUGACAGCAUAGUGACAAUGACAUCAAUGGUGUGGCUUCGUAAAGUUUUGUUUCAAGUUAAAACGCCUAACCAAUGACAUGUACCUUGCCCUUUUUAGGUUGUUGUGUCGAACAAUGAUUGAGCUAGCUAGAACAUUUGUCACCAUGGCGACUGGUUGUGUGAGGAUUAGUUUCAGCAGUUUUCCUGACUACACGCCAACCAGGAAAAACUCUACACCCUGGUCACUGCAGCCCUAAUAAUUAGGGCAAAGAGUUUUUCCUCUGGUCAGGUCAUGUGAUUCAGGAAACAUAUUAUGGCCCUAAUGGUCCCUGUGGGAAUUGAACCCACAAACUUGGUGUUGUUGGAGUGGUUUGUGAACUGCCUGUCAAGUCGAACCCAGUGUGUUAAGAUGGUUGUUAAGUAGGAGAGCAAUGUUCCCUCAAAAGAUGUAGGCACUGGGCACAUUUCAGGUCUGCUGAGCGCAAACUUGAAAGUUGUGAAAAUUCUGUACAACUUCCAGCGCGCAUUUACUGUGAAAACUGAGGCUGUACCCGCUUUAAGUUACAGUUUUAACAGAGGCCAAGUAGGCUACUGUGGCUAU